CUGCAACUAUGUUUGUCAUGAUACGUACGAAGUACGAAGUACAUCACUUCGAGCGUCGGUAUUGAGUUGGCGCUAUGGUUUGUGCGAAGUUGAACAGUUGUAAUUUUCUACGUCGCAGACUGUUGCCUCAACUGCUUACAAAACGUAGGACUAUUUUCCUUUUCCACCUGAAUAAAAGUUUCCUUCUGUAAUAGAAGAGAUCAAACGAAACACCGAAUCUCGUAGUGGAACGACAAACAAUGAUGAAGGCCCUUUCGCUGUUUUAUCUUGUUUCCUUAUCGUCGAUCGCAGCAUCGUCUAGCACGACCACUGCCUCCGCGGCCACCGGCACCGGUAUGCACAUGGCAAAAAAUACUGGAACCUUAAGGGCCAUAGCGAUUCGAGUCAUCGAUGGCAACGGGACUGCCCCAAUCGCCAGUGUAGAGGAGAUUGAGGAGGGCAUGUUCGAAGACGACGUCUGCCUUAAAACCCAAAUCGAAGCUUGCUCGUAUGGAAAACUCAAAAUCGAACCCUUUUCGGGAAUUACAGAUACCGGCGUGUUUGUACCAAAUGGUGUCGUCGAGGUCGUUGUCGAUCACCAAAUCGAAGAAGACAACAGCUUCACAGUUCUUAGAGAGGCUGCCACGGCUGCUGCCACUGCGAUGCUAGGAGAAUUGAAGUCAAGCAGCACGUUCGAUAUCUUCAUGUUCUGCAUGCCCCCGGGAACCCUGAAAGAUGGACAAGGCUGGCAGACCUUCGGAAUUCAAAAUGGAAAAGGGUCCUUCUACAACGAUCAAUAUUGCACGAUGACCUCGGCGCUAUUUGCCCGGAGUGAGUACCUUUCGUUUUGAUUUGGGUUUUUGUUUACAGUAUCGGCAAAUGUUUUUUCUAACUCUUUUCUCCCACGUGUUUCCAGUUGGUCUCAAUAUGAACCUUGCUCCUUCGAAUGCUAUAAAGGACGGCGAGGUCAAGCUGUUCGGGGACAAGACAGGAUUCAUGGGAAUGAUCGACGAAGGUGGCAUCGAAAGAAUGUGUUACAAUGCCGCCAAAAGCUAUCAAUUGGGGUGGUACAGCGACAAAACUGAUUCUAUCGAUCCUCUACUGGAUGGGGCGGGAGCCGUUCGACGCUUCAUUCUGAACGGUGUUACUGACUACGAGAGCGGCAACACAGAUGCACUUAUCGUACUGCGCCUGGAUCAAUCCGCCAAAAAGGCGGAAUAUUACCUAGGUUACAACCGUAAGGAUGGCAUCAACCGGGAUACCACGCAAGAUUUUGACAUGGUCAAUGUUCUUCGCAAGGAGGAUUCGACAACAGAAUUUGGCCCUUCCAAUAAAAUUGCAAGCCUCUUUCCAGGACAGAAGUAUACAAUUGGACAGUUCAAUGACGACCGCGAUGUUGAAAUCCGAUUCGUGGGUCUUGACAACGGCCUUCAAGACGCAAUAAUCGAAGUCGUUGAUGUUGAGAACGAUGAUGUUGCAGACCCCAAGCCCUGUGCAAACUAUACCAUCGAAAUAAAGACCGAUAAAUAUCCAGAAGAUACUGGUUGGUACAUAAUCAAAGAGAAGGACGUCGGAGUUCAGGAGAUUGUGGCGGUCAGCCCCGUUUUCACAGAGCCAUCAACUACGACCAAGAGCAUAGUGUGUUUGCCCUACAACACAAAUUAUCAAUUUGUCAUAAUAGACAGAACUGGCGACGGCUUGCAAUUUGGAUCUUACCGUGGACUCGACCCAGAGGGGAAUGAGCUGUUUUUCUACAAGCUCCACAAACCGUUCGCCCGCAAAGUCGAACCCAUCCAAGUAGGGUUGGAUCCGGCUCCUACUGAUUCCCCUACUCAAUUGCCUUCCCUCCAGCCAUCCCGUAUCCCAAGUCAAUCUCCAACUGUAGCCCCAAGUCUAUCCCCAACUCGAGCCCCAGUUCCCCCUCCGACUCCGUUUCCUUCUGCUGUUGAGGGUGAAGGUUGUCAGGACAAGAGAAAAAGGUUGCGAUGGAAGAAGAAAAGGAAAAUGCGAAGAUGCAAAUGGAUUGCCUCGAAAAGGAAAUGCGACGAGGUAUACAGGGGGAAAAAGAUGUAUACUCAUUGUCCAAAGGCUUGUAAACGAUGCGACAUAAUUUCUAUUGCGAAGAUGCAAAUGGAUUGCCUCGAAAAGGAAAUGCGACGAGGUAUACAGGGGGAAAAAGAUGUAUACUCAUUGUCCAAAGGCUUGUAAACGAUGCGACAUAAUUUCUAUAUAGAAGAAAAGGAAAAUGCGAAGAUGCAAAUGGAUUGCCUCGAAAAGGAAAUGCGACGAGGUAUACAGGGGGAAAAAGAUGUAUACUCAUUGUCCAAAGGCUUGUAAACGAUGCGACAUAAUUUCUAUAUAGUGGACGUUGCUGCCAAAAACGAACGCAAUUCUGUUUAUGCAUGUACUUAACAAUGGUUAGAUAAAUAUAUAGUUUCAUU